AUGCCGUUUGGUUUCCGCCAUUGGGCUAACGGAUGGAUGAGCUGCAAGUCUCUUUCUGUCUCUGGAUCUUCAGAAUUACCCAGAAUCGAUGUCAGUACUCUUCUCUCUUAUGAUGAUGUUGACAAAUCUCUUAAUAAACUCAGAGACAAACUGCAGAGUUUCUGUAGAGAGGAAAUCAAAAUGAUAUCUAGUACAGUGAUAAAAUGUCAAAUCGUUUCCAGUCCACUAGAUGAAAACCGAGAGGAUUUUCUCAGAUAUUUCCGUCACUUCACUCUGGAUCUAAACACAGUAAAUAAAAACUUUCGUCUGUCUGAAGGGAACAGAGCGAUUACAGACACGGACACCACCUAUAAAUACCCCGAACAUCCCGACAGAUUUCAUGGUUGGAAGCAAGUGUUGUGUAAAGAGAGCGUGAGCGAUCACGGUUACUGUGAAGUUGAACUGACUCGGGGUAAUGCCGUGUCUAUAUCAGUGUCAUAUAAGAGCAUCGGUCGAAAGGGAAUGGGUGAUGAAUGCAGAUUUGGAUAUAAUGAUCAGUCCUGGAGAUUAUUCUGCUCUCCUUCCAGAUUCUCAUUCUGUCAUAAUAAAAAAGUCACAGAUCUUCCAGUAAUAAGCAACUGUUGUAAAAUAGGAGUGGAUGUAGAUCACAGCGCAGGCAUUUUGUCUUUCUACAAUGUUUCUGAUACAAUGACACUCAUUCACAGAGUCCAAACUACAUUCACUAAACCUCUCUAUCUAGGGCUUGGAUUAAGCAUGAACUCAACGGUUAAACUGGCAUCUUUAACAAUUUAAAAGAUAUAGAGAUCAUGUAAAUAAUGUUGGCAUUAAAUGUAAUGUAAAUGCAAUAUGAUGUGAUAAGUCUUUAUCAUAUUUACAAAUAUGUCACAACUUCAGUGUUACACACACUUCUUAACAUUU